AUGUCACGGAGCGGUUUUUCUUGCGGGAAAACCUUAUGGAGCGGAGCCCGCUCCGCUCCGUGGAAGAAACCACUCCGUGAACCAACCCUGUUUUUUUUCAACUCCACACAAAUAGUGUUUGACAUCGGGGUUGGGUUUGCGUCGCUUGGCAACUACGUUGUGAAACAAGCCAACCCCCCCCGGUCCCCCCAAUUCUAGACUAAAGAGGUUGGCGCUGUUGGCAAGGCGCUGUAAAACACGCCACCCCAAAUAUAGCCCCCCAUAGUAUGCGUUACCAAAGACGCGUGACGCAUGGAUGCGUGGAGUGAGGAUUGCUUACGGAAACCUCACAGGUUGAGUGAUGCAGGAGAUUGCCGGACACAUAGACGUGUUGAGUGAUUAUAGCUGUAUACUGAAACCCCAAGGGUUGAGUGAGGUUUGAGAUUGCCACACAUCGACGGGUUGAGUGGGGAUGGCUGCAUACUGAAACCCCACGGGUUGAGUGAUGUUGGAGUGCCGGACACAUAGACGCGUUGAGUGAGGAAAGACACAUACUGAACCUCACAGGUGAUUUGUAUUGGAGGUUGCCGGCACCUAGACGUGUUGAGUGAGGAUAGCUGCAUACUGAAACCUGACAGAUGGAUUGGUUUUUGAUGCCAGACACAUAGACGCGCUGAGCGGGGAUAGCUACAUACUAACCGCACGAGUUGAGUGAUGUUGGAUAGUGCCAGACACAUAGACGCGCUGAGCGGGGAUAGCUACAUACUAACCGCACGAGUUGAGUGAUGUUGGAUAGUGCCAGACACAUAGACGCGCUGAGCGGGGAUAGCUACAUACUAACCGCACGAGUUGAGUGAUGUUGGAUAGUGCCAGACACAUAGACGCUUUGAGUGAGGAUAGAUGCAUAUUGAGACCUAACGGGUUGAGUGACGUUUGCGACUGCCGGACACAUAGACGCAUUGAGUGAGGAUGGCUGCAUACUGAAACCUCACAGGUCGAUUUAUGUUGGAGAUUGCCAGACACAUAGACGCGCUGAGCGGGGAUAGCUACAUACUAACCGCACGAGUUGAGUGAUGUUGGAUAGUGCCAGACACAUAGACGCUUUGAGUGAGGAUAGAUGCAUAUUGAGACCUAACGGGUUGAGUGACGUUUGCGACUGCCGGACACAUAGACGCAUUGAGUGAGGAUGGCUGCAUACUGAAACCUCACAGGUCGAUUUAUGUUGGAGAUUGCCAGACACAUAGACGCGUUGAGUAAGGAUAGCUGUGUACUGAAAAUCCACAGUAGCUAAAGUGAGGGGACAAUUCGAGAAUGCAGUACACAAAGACCCGACCCCCA